AAGGCCCCUCGGCCCAGGGCCGCUUUGGCCCGGCCUGGGGUGGAGGUGGAGGCGGAGGCGCGGGAGUUAUGGAGGGGGCGGGCUCUGCAGGGAAGUACGUCAGAGGAGGCGCGGGGAGAGUAGGGUGCUGUGGUCGGAGCUGGAGGGCGAAGCCGGUGGAGUGAGAGGAUGGGCGUGUUGUCUGUUUUAGUAUGCAGGUGAUAGACUAGAGAACAAGACUUCUGUCUCCGUAGCAUCUUGGAGCAGUCUGAAUGCCAGAAUGGAUAACCGUUUUGCUACUGCGUUUGUGAUUGCUUGUGUGCUUAGUCUGAUUUCCACCAUCUACAUGGCGGCCUCCAUAGGCACGGACUUCUGGUAUGAGUAUCGAAGUCCCAUUCAAGAGAAUUCAAGUGACUCGAAUAAAAUCGCCUGGGAAGAUUUCCUCGGUGACGAGGCGGAUGAGAAGACUUACAACGAUGUUCUGUUCCGAUACAACGGCAGCUUGGGGCUGUGGAGACGGUGCAUCACCAUACCCAAAAACACUCACUGGUAUGCGCCACCGGAAAGGACAGAGUCAUUUGAUGUGGUUACCAAAUGCAUGAGUUUCACACUAAACGAGCAGUUCAUGGAGAAGUAUGUGGACCCCGGCAACCACAAUAGCGGCAUCGACCUGCUUCGCACCUACCUGUGGCGCUGCCAGUUCCUUUUACCCUUCGUCAGCUUGGGCUUGAUGUGCUUUGGGGCGUUGAUUGGCCUCUGUGCCUGUAUCUGCCGCAGCCUGUAUCCCACCCUCGCCACUGGCAUUCUCCAUCUCCUUGCAGGUCUGUGCACACUGGGCUCCGUGAGUUGCUAUGUUGCCGGCAUUGAACUCUUACAUCAGAAAGUAGAGCUGCCCAAGGAUGUAUCUGGAGAAUUUGGAUGGUCCUUCUGCCUGGCCUGCGUCUCGGCUCCCUUACAGUUCAUGGCGGCCGCUCUCUUCAUCUGGGCUGCCCACACCAACCGGAAAGAGUACACCUUAAUGAAGGCUUAUCGUGUGGCAUGAAGGGAGGCUGCCUGCUUAAUGAUUAAUAUUUUUCAUACAUUUUUUUUAACUAUUGAGGUUUUCCCUUGUCUUCCUCUCAGUCGUCUUUAAUUUUUAUUUUUGUGGAUAUGCCAUUGUAUUCUAAAAGCCCCUUUUAUUUAUAUACAGUGCCACUAAAUACCAUUUAAAAUGUGUGUGGUUUUCACUGAGUGACUUAGUCUUUUUUUACCACACUGAUCUAGGUUCAGAGUUCAGACAGAAAGAACUGUAGAGAUGUGACCCAAGUUUGUAAAAGAAUAUUAGCAGUGGCAAAUUGACCCAAAACAGGGUCUGCUAACGUCUGCUCAGUCCAGUAGUGCAGUAACUAUGAAACUAGAAAUGAAUUUCUGUAUGAUAUCUGUUAUCACUGUCAGACUUCAUCUUUACUUUCCUGUUGUUGCUAGCAGAACCAGCGUUCCUCAAGAUGUGUGCACAUAAAAUUGGGAAAUGAGCUAACAUGUGUCCCUAAACUUUGGUACAUUACUUUAUUUGAGGUGAAAUAUGGCAGCUGUUUAUACUGUGAUUGUCUACAAGAAAAAAAAAAGUGAAAAAUGAUGUUUACUUGAAAUUGUGCUUUUAAUUUCACUUCAGUGAGGAAAGUUGACUAAUUGUACUACACUAUACCUGUUUGUUUUUUUUUUAAACUGAAACUCAUCAGGAUUUUCAGUGCCACCAAACCAUUGUGGAUUUUUGCUGCUCCCCUCCCCCCUCCCCCCCACACCAGGCUUAUUAAAGAGUACUUUCUUUUUAACAGAGUGAGAGAAGAGUCACAGCCAAUUCCUCAACUUCUUUGUUCUAGCUGAGUACUAUAUGGGAGGUCCUACCAAUAUCGACCCCCCAGAACUGGGGGUACUACCACCACAAGAUCUAAAGCUGUAGCUGCCACCUACUAACCUCCAUUUAUGGGUCUUUAUUUCUUGUGGUGAAAUGAUGUGCCUUUCCUUGCCCAAAUCCCUUCCUGGUGUGUAUCAACAUUACUUAAUGUCUUCUAAUUCAGUCAUUUUUUUAUAAUAUGUCUUCUGUAAACAUUGAACUUAAAAAUCUUAUUUAUUUACUCCAUUAUUGUAGCAUUUCACAGAUUCAAAAAAGUGUAACUCAGUAAUUUCUUACCAAAUCCUAAAUCUGUCUUUUUUAAAAAAAUAAAUAAAAAAGAGAAUCAUGUAGAGUGUC